CAGCGCCCCCCCCCAGCCUCACAGGCGCUGCGAGGGCGCCACCUGUCGGCCGACGGGGUCCAUCGCCCGAGGUCCCCCCUCUCCCUCUCUCUGCCUGCCUCUGGGCCCAAGGGGCUCUCCAGGUGACCCCCCGCCUCUUCCCCCUGAUCUGGGGCCCCUUUGGGGCGGAGGGGCGUCCGGGGGCCCUCAAGGGCCAGGGGCGAGGGUCCAGGGUCGCUGCCCGCGGUGCUGAAGGCGUCUCUGUCGGGGAGAGCGGCGGGAAGCCGGCUUUGGCUCCUUCGUUGGAGCCUCCUUUUGUUCGAGGGCUUUCGCUCCGCAUCUGGAGCUGCUGCCAGCCGUGUUUUGGGGCUCAGCUGCGGAGACCAGAGGUCUGUGGGACUGGAGACCCCUGCAGCCGCGUGAGGCUUCAUUCAUCCCUCCAAUAAUUAAUCCAGAGCAUUUCUACUCGGCUCUUCGGCCGCAAAGGCUCAUGGGACCGUUCAAAGACCCCCAUAAGGCGCAGACUGUUGGCGGGGGACACAAAGAAGAACGGCCCCGCAGGAGCCUCCUCCCCGACCAGCCCCUUUCCCGGCUGCCGCCCCCCCGAAGCCGCCCCCUCCUUCUCCUCCUCUUCGCUCCCUCUGACCGUCGGGGGACUGAGCCUGGACUACAGUCCCCAGAAGCCUUCGCGUCUCCCCUCCCCCUCCCUGCCUCUGCUCUGACGUAAAGGGGAGGCGGGCCCCGAGAGCGUGAUUGGCCGGACGAGCGCCUCAGCCCCGCCCCUCCGCCGCCCCCCUCGAGGGGCGCCUCCUCCAAGACCCCCGGCGCCGCUGCUGGCUCUGAGCGGCCCCCGACCCACCGACUGGAAAAAAGGGCCAAGAGGGUGAGGAGGGGCCUUGGGAGAAGGGGCGCUCCUCCUCGGCCGGCGGAAGGGUCUCGGGGCGGGGGGCGUCGCCGUCGCUGCUGGAAGGAAGGAAGGAAGGGGCCCCCUCCUUCCCUCCCUUCGGAGAUCCCCCCAAUUCGUGGGUGCGGGGCGCCUGACGUCAGCAGCGGAGCAUCGCCCCCUCCCUCUUCGCUGUUGCCAUGGCAACCUCCUAGGACGGCGGGGUAUUUAUAGAGGCGGAAGCGGGGGGCGGGGGUUUGCUCUGGGGGGUCUCCAUGGGGAGGGAGGGAGUCUUCCCGGGCCGCCGGGGCCCCUCGGGGGCCCCUCUGCCUCCAGCCUCUGCCGCCUCCGAGGGAUCGGGGUCCCAUCCAGCUUCCCUUCCAGCAAGAGGCGAAUCGGGGCCUCUGGGGGUCCCUUCUGGAGACCUCUCCCGCUGACCCCUCCUUCUCUUUCCGACGGAUGAAUGACCCUCGAGUGACCGGUGGGUAAGCAGGACGAACAUGGCAACCUUCCUAGCGGCCCAGAAUGCGCACUCGCUGCUCAAGCGCCUCCCUCGGGCCAAUGCCUUCCUGGAGGAGUUCCGCCAGGGCACCAUCGAGCGUGAAUGUGUGGAGGAGAUCUGCAGCUACGAGGAGGCCAAGGAGGUCUUUGAGAACAAGGAGAAGACGAUGGAGUUCUGGAAAGGCUAUGCCUACUCGGUCAAGGACCCCGGCGAGGGCUCUGGCCGCUCAGACGCCAUGUAUGUGGUGGUACCCUUGCUCGGCGUGGCCCUCCUCAUCGUCAUCGGCCUUUUCAUCAUCUGGCGAUGCCAGCUGCAGAAGGCCACUCGCCACCGGCCCUCCUACACCCAGAGCCACUACCUGGCUGGGCGCACUGGACGUGGCCUGCCCAGGGUGAUGGUCUACCGCGAGGCCUCCCACCACAGCCAGAGUGAUGCCCAUGGGCAGCAGCGGGACCCUGGUACCGGGGCCGGCAGCAGCCGACGAGGGACUGGCGAAAGCCGAUGGGGUCUUGGCCCCACCAGCCAUUCAGACAGUUCCCUGCAGCCCCCCUCCAACCUGCCCGCCUCCAGACUGUCCAGCGCUACCCCUCCCCCUUCCUAUGAGGAGGUGACCAGGCACCCGAGGGCAGGCAGUGGCAGCAGCAGCGCCUGCGAAGAGUCCAGCCCCUCCUACAGUGACCCACCUCCCAAGUAUGAGGAGAUUGUGGCUGCCGCUGCCUCUGCCCCGGUGAAAUGACUGUGUGGGCACUGCCAACUCUCUGUCCCAGUCUUUUGGACUGACCAGCUGAUGCCAUCACAGAGCAGCCUUAUCGUCCCCUCGCCAAAGUCCCAGUGGUGCCUGGACUCCGCAUGCCUCCUUCACUUGCGGGAUCUCAUGGAAAGCAAGGAGAACUGUCCCCUCCGUGCCUCCCGGCCUCCCCCUUGGACCACUGCCCCCUCAGCCGGGAGGUGGGGCUGGAUGCAAUGUUCCUGGCCCUCCAGGAAGGGAAUAGCACUUCUGUUUGUGAGUGGAGGGCUCCUCUGGUCAGCAAGGGAUCUUUCCCACCCUCCCCCUCCUCAUGUGUGGGGCAGAGGAAGGGACUGUGAGUGUCCUGGGAAAGGCCAAGGACCCCAUGCACUUGAGUCACUCAUCUCUCCCUCACCUGGGUGGCAAAGGAAAGAGAGGAGGGCACCCCUCUGCCCCCCCCCACACGUGUCCUCCAUUUCUCCAAAGAUGGGGCCCCCUGCCCCUUCUGGGAAGGGGCCGCAGCCCCACAAUCCUUGGUGGGAGGGGCUGCCACUGUCUCCCAGGUCCGUGGAGCAGUCCUUUGCUGGAAGACCUGCGAAAAGGAGAUGCCCCCAGGAGGAUCCGAUCUGUAACUUGGGCGCCCCACCUUCCCUUCCCAGCACCUCUUUGCACAUGCGCGUGCAUGCCCUCUCACAGACACACAUCCUUCUCAAUGGUGCUAAGGCAUAGCCAGAUAAUACCUGUUGUCUCUUCAUGUGUGCUGCUUUGUUGUAUUUAUACAGUUUGUUUAAACCAAGAGAAAUGUUAAUUUAAA